GUUUACACAGGAUCUUACGUAAAGCCUUCUGGGAUCAUUUCAGUGGACAACAUUUGGGAUCAUGUUAUAGUUGAUGGAUUUGUGGCUGUUUCCCUUGAAGGAUACAAAAACGUGCCUGUCAUUGCAAAAGUAGUGAAAACAGAGACCGAGACAGUAACAAUACAUUAUUGGAAAGGAUCUUGGAACAAGAAAUGGCAACCUUGGCUUCUCUCAAAUGGUGAUCCAUGGACUGAUGUCCUGCCAAAAGAUUGUGUAUAUUUGACAGCAUUUGAACUGAUUGAUGGUAAACUACAGCCUGAUACGAAACGACAAAUGAGAACCUUCUUGAAGCAAGCUAUGAAGGAUUAA